CAGCAAAACAGUUAUCUAAGUCACUGAAUGUCAAAAAAUCCGACUGUGAUUGUUAAGCCGAAAUAUAUUACUUGCUAAAUAAAUAAUAUAAGAAAACAUUCAAAAUGGUCGAAGCUCAGAAAUACAGAAUAGAACAGGAAAUGACAAAUCUUGUUAAUGAGUUAGACAGGAGUUAUUUAAGAAAGAUGCAGGGCGAUAUGCACAGAUGUGCGGCAAACUGCUGCGACGAUCAGCAAUCAUCGUUAGAGAGGGUUCACGGGUGUAUAGAGAAGUGUACGACACCAUUGAAUCAGGCCAAUAAUUAUGUACAAAACGAAAUCAACCAUCUCCAAAACAGACUUCAGCGUUGUGUGAUGGAUUGCAACGAUUCAGCGAGGGACAGGCUCGGUCCGGACCCCAGCCAGGACACGAUCGACAAAGCGACUAUACAGUUUGAGAAUUGUGCGGUGAAGUGUGUGGACAAGCACAUAGGUUUAAUACCCGGUAUGAUGAAAGCUAUGAAAAAAGUGCUAGCUAGCGGAAAACCACCGCCGGUGACAAGCAACUGAUGACAGAAAAUGUUACGGGGUUGCCAUUUGAUGUAAAAAAAAAAUUAUGGUUAUAAAUUGUUGUUCUGCCAAAUCUUUUUGAAUUGUAUAUGGCAACCCUAUGUGAUAUAGUAUCGAGUGUUAAUUGUAAAAAUAGUUUCUAAGUGUCUGGUUUACAUAAAAAGGAUUUGAUUAAAAAUAGGUACUAAAUAAUAAUUACACACAAACUGAAAUGACACUUCAUUUUGAUACAGAGAAAGAUUUAAAAGUUAAGUCUAACUUGUACAUUUACAAGCAUUUACACAUAUAUAUAUAAUAAAAGGGAUAAAUAAAAAUAUUUCUGUCAAUAUGUCUGUGUGCCUGUUUUGUUAACUGACAUAUAUUUCGAGCCAUUGUAGACUCAAGCUUCUGAUUGCUUAUAUUAUAAAAUAAGUUACUAUGUAGUUAUAUUAACUCAGUGUUAUAACUAUAAGUCAUAUUUAUUACAUGCUUAUUUUCCGAUAAUAUAUUAAAAAAAAGAAUUGAUGGCAUUAAAAUGAUUCAAUACUACCUUAAUUAUGUCACAAAUAAACAAAACAGAAUAGUUUUUAUACUUUUCAAUUUACAAAACAUUGUUGAACUUAUAGACUGAAGCCAGUCUACAAGAGCUCUACUUAUGUUAUUUGAAAUAAAGUGUUAAGUUAGUUGUA